AUGCCAAUCCCAACAAAAAAGAGCCAACCUCACUGCUAUGCCGAUUCACCCUUUGUAGAAGUAAUCGCACUAGCCGAGAUACCACACAAAUUCACCAUCCCCAGCAUGAAGCCCUACGACGACACAACCGACCCAGAUAACCACAUAACCUCUUACAAGCAGCAGAUGUUUGCAGUCUCGAUACCCCGAGCACUAAGGAAAGCCUACAUGUGUAAGAGUUUCGGUUCAAGCCUCUAUGGCCCAACUCUUCAGUGGUACACUAACCUCCCAAACUAUUCAAUUAACUUAUUUGCCCAACUCACCGACACCUUCGUUGAACAAUUUGCCAAUAGCAAGAAACUCGAGAAACUAUCAGCCGACCUGUACAGAGUCUAUCAGAAGAGGGGGGAGCUGCUGAGAGAAUACAUCAGCAGAUUCAAUAAUGAAAAAAUCUUCAUCCCCUCCUGUAACCCAGAGACGGCAAUAGACACCUUUAGAAAGGGUCUCUUCCUAGAUGGAGAACUAUACAAAGACCUGACAAAGCUCGGCUACAUCACGAUGGAAGAUGCCUUAGCUAGAUCUGUGAUUCAAAUAAGGUGGGAGGAAGAUGAAAUGAACCAGAUGAGGCAUGCCAGGUAUGACGACCGUCACCAAAGGUGGAAUGAUAGAAGGUUAGAGUCCAAAUCGAUUGAGCCCCGUUACCAACCCUCUCCAUGCAAUCUGAACAAAGUUAAAAAACCAUAUGACCACCCGCUAAUUAGAACCGACAAUAGACCAUCCAGAUCGAGCCAAUACAAAGUUCCAGAUUACAACUUUAACGUCGAACCAACCCAAGUCAUGGCAAUCAUGAAAGGGAUGGGACAUACCGUCAAGUGGCCGAACAAGCUCAAUCCCGAAGCAAGGAGGGACACGACUAAGUGGUGCGAAUUCCACGGUGACCAUGGUCAUAACACCGUAGAUUUCAUCACCCUACGGUUGGAAGUUGCAGCACUACUCAAGAGGGGACAUCUCCGAGAUCUAUUGACAAAUAAAGACAAAAAUACAGUCAGCCAGAGAAGCUCAAAAGAAACAUCUCCACCUCCACGAGAACCAACACCAAAGGGGCUCUGCUCAAUUAUUUCUAGAGGGUCGAAGAUCAGUGAGGUCAGCUAUUCCUCAGCCAAGCGCUACGCCCGAGCCAACCAUCACCAUGAAGUCCAAUCCAUCCAUCCGCCCUCUUGA